AUGACAACAACUGAACACAUUCGAAAUCCUUUGACUAAUCAUACAAUGCCUUCACAGUCAAAUGAUAUGCUCGGCUACGAAGUAUAUAAUGAUAACACCUCCCAUGUUAUAUGUUCCGAGGGAGAGCCUUUAUUUCAUGAAGAGACGGGAAAGUACGAUCUAGACACCGUUUCCGUGUUCGUCGCAAAAUUAUACCA